UGUCUUCUUGGUGGUUUGCUUUGUAUGAUUUUGGAUAAAGUUGCUCCGCACAAGAAAGGCAAAGCUUCCUGUAUAUAUCAAAAGGAGAAAGAGGUUUACUUUGUUGCAAAAAGGGGAAAGAGGUGGUCCGUAGGGACCAUAUUAUAUCAAAAGUAUAUUGGAGCAAACUUUUCAUAUUUGAAUGGUGUUUUGGUAUUUUAAAAAGAUCAGCAACGGAUAUUCUUUGAAUCUUAUUUUUUAUUCGCCUCUCCUAAGGACCGGGCACGGGGACUAAGAUUGGUGAGAGAUGGUUGGAACGAGGUCUAUACAUUUUGGAUACAAAAUGCAACGCUUUAGCGACUUCAAAGUAGAAGGUAAUUGAUUGUCAAAUGUCGCAUCGGCGUUUUGGCCACCCAUCAGACAAAGUUCUUGGUUCAUUAUUUCCUAGUUUACACUUGGAUUCUAAAGACUGCGAUAUUUGCCGUUAUGCUAAGCAAAUCAGAUUGCCUUUAAAACUUCAGACAGAAAAUCAUCUAUUUUUAGUUUGAUUCAUUCUGAUGUGUGGGGUCCCGCUCAUGUUACCUCAUAUCGCGGGCAUCGAUAUUUCUUAAACUUUAUUGAUGAUUUUUCUAGACAUACUUGGGUUUAUUUACUUCAUUCUAAGGAUCAAGUGUUUCUUACCUUCAGAGAAUUUUUUAAGAUGAUUGAAACUCAGUAUGGCGUUAGAAUUAAGAUUUUACAUUCUGAUAAUGGAACUGAAUAUGUCAACAAUUCUUUUUCUACUUUUUUCAAAGGGAAUGUAAUUAUUCACCAAACCUCUUGUGUUGGUACCCCUCAACAAAAUGGAAUACCCGAACGCAAGAAUAGACACUUACUUGAAGUUGGGAGGUCUCUCUUGUUCCAAAACAAUGUCCCUAAAAGUUUUUGGUGAUGCGGUUUUAAUUGCUUGCUAUCUCAUAAAUAGAUGGCCAAAUAAAUUUUUGCAAGAAAAAACGCCAGUUGAAAUGUUGAAGGGAAAGAAAAGUUCUCUAUCACACUUGAAGAUUUUUUGUUGUACUUGUUAUGUUCACAAUCAAAAUUCUCAUAAAUUAAGUCCAAAGGCAAGGAAAUGCAUGUUUCUUGGAUAAAGUCCCACUCAAAAGGCAUGUAAAUGCUAUGAUAAUUUUUCAAAAACUGUUAUUAUCUCCCGUGAUGUUAUUUUUCAAGAAAAUGAACAUUACUUUCUUCAACUUCCCAUGCAUGAGGAAAUUAAGGUUCAAGGGGAGAAUCAUGUGAUGCCUUUGAUUUCAAGUGAAGACUGUGGAGAACAAACUCAUUCAUAACAUUCAAAAUGAGGUGGAAGCUAGAAAUGAUGAAGAACCUCAAGAAACCAAUCCCUCACCAUUUGAUCCCCAAGUGGGACCCAGUCAUCCUCGAAGAAACGUUCAACUCCCAAUCUUUAGUGGUGUUCUUCAGACCCAUUAAGUUUGCAAUUGCGUUCAGCUUUGGCAACAUAUUGGCAAUUGGAAGAGUAGGGGCCCAAAUCCCCACUGACUUACCACUUUUUGCCUGGGGCCUUGGCGGUAUUAUUGCCGAGCCCCAUGUUGAGGACUUUUUCACCAAAGGCACAGCCUUCCUUAUUGGUCCAAUACAGCAAGCAAGGAUGAUGCUUGAUCCUGUUCGUGUUUAUGCAACAUGCAUAUACAUUGGGAGUGUUAUACUUGCUCUUGUUUGUGCACUUUGGGUUCAUAACAAGAUCUUAACUUUGCUGGCAAUCAUUAGCGAAAUUUGUGCUCUCAUAUGGGCAUCUGCAUCUUUAACCAAGCCAAUUUUGGAGCAGCUUUGUGAUAAUGGGACCAACCAACAAAAGGCAUUAAUACUGCAAAGAUCAAUGCACCAAUUGCGGUACAGCCUGAGCUACAUUCCUUUUGCUCGCAGAAUGGUUUCUGAUUUGAUCAUUAGCUGCUGCGACACCGAGUUCUAGAUUUCACUUAGAGUUGACAUCCAUAUUCUAUGUGGGGGUGGAGCUGGACAGAACUCUCUCGCUCUCUCUGGGUUUGGAGUUGAUCAUUGGCUGCUGCAAUACAGAGAUCACGCUCAGAUAGAAGAUGCUCUCUCUCUCUGAGUGAAUUUUCUUCAUUUUUUUGAUUGAUCAAUGCAGCAUACAAAAUGCUGCUUGAUGCUACACUACCGUCUGAUUCACUUUAUUUGUAUUCAUGGGGAGAAGGUGUUGGACAAAUUAUGAUGGCUUGGUUUGGAGUUUGAUUUCUAAUUGUCAUCAUUCUUCAUUUUUUCGUAAUGUCUUGAAGGUGAUGAUAUUUUUAUUUUAUUUUGUGCUGUGUGCAUGUACCGGCCAUUUUUGGAAUUUUUUCUCCCCCAUGUAUUUUUUAUGGUAAUAACAUGAAUGCACGAGAUCUGUGAUUUAGACCAA